AGAACCCAAGCGCGCGACCGUCAUGGCUCUGAGUAGUGCACGUCACCUUUCUCUAACAUGUAGCUAGAAACGCUAACACGAUUCGAAAUUCUCCUUACAUUUGGCGUUUAUAACCAAAAUUUGACGUGCACGCAUAAUUUCCUGAACCAACGUGGAACAGUGUGUGAAACAUGUUUGCUAAAGCUCGUAAACCUAGCCGAGAGCCGUUGAGGACAGAGCUGAUCGUGUGCGUUUAACCGCAUUAGCUAGCCAGCUAACUGGCUUUACCUUUAGCUGCGCUAGUCGAAUGUCAUCCACGGUGUAAACAUUUAGAUGUUUAGGGAGAAGGUUUUCGAUAAGGAAGGCAAAUUUAACGGCCGCCUGAAACGUGGCGUCUUCUGGAGGAGACAUUUUAACCUGAGAAACACUGAGACCUGAGCCAUGGGGGCGUUUUUGGAUAAGCCCAAAACGGAGAAGCUUAAUGCCCACGGGGAGGGAAACGGCCUGCGUUAUGGCCUGAGCAGCAUGCAGGGCUGGAGAGUUGAGAUGGAAGAUGCACACACAGCAUCUGUAGGCCUACCGCACGGUUUGGACGACUGGUCCUUCUUUGCCGUCUACGAUGGUCAUGCCGGCUCGCGCGUCGCUAACUACUGCUCCAAGCAUCUGUUGGAACACAUCGUCGCCGCGGGGUCGGCAGAUGAACUGCGGAGAGCUGGACCUCCGGCACCGGAAACGCCAGCCAUAGAGGCAGUGAAGAGAGGGAUCCGGGCCGGCUUCUUGAGGAUCGACGAGCACAUGCGCAGUUUUGCAGACCUGCGAAAUGGCAUGGACCGCAGCGGCUCCACCGCGGUCGCUGUGCUGCUCUCUCCCGAACACUUGUAUUUCAUCAACUGCGGGGACUCGCGCGCCCUUCUCUGUCGCAAUGCGCAGGUCUGCUUCACUACACUGGACCAUAAACCCUGCGACCCUAGGGAGAAGGAACGCAUUCAAAAUGCGGGCGGCUCAGUGAUGAUCCAGAGGGUUAAUGGCUCACUGGCUGUUUCUCGUGCACUUGGUGAUUAUGACUACAAGUGUGUAGAGGGCAAGGGCCCCACGGAGCAGCUUGUGUCACCGGAACCGGAAAUAUUCGAGAUUGGGCGAUCUCAUGCAGAGGAUGAGUUUGUGGUGUUGGCGUGUGAUGGUAUUUGGGAUGUGAUGAGCAACGAGGAGCUUUGUGCCUUCGUUCGAUCGAGACUGGAGGUGAUAGAUAACCUGGAGAGAGUGUGCAACGAGGUGGUGGAUACAUGUCUACACAAGGGAAGUCGAGAUAAUAUGAGUAUUGUAUUAGUCUGUUUGCCAAAUGCACCCCAGGUGUCAGAGGAGGCUGUAAAGAAAGAUGCUGAGUUGGACAAGUACCUUGAGUCACGUGUUCAAGAGCUCAUAGAGAAAGCAGGGGAUGAAGGCGUGCCUGAGCUGGCACAUGUCCUGAGCAGCCUUUCUCAAGAGAGUAUCCCUAACCUCCCACCAGGGGGCGGCCUUGCAAGCAAGCACAGUGUUAUUGAAGCAAUGUACAACCGGUUAAACCCCCAAAGAGAAGAGGAUGGUAGUGCUGCUGACCUUGAGGACCCGUGGUAAUCAGCCCACCUGAGGGAAGAUGUCUACAUGAGACAUCGGUCACAUUUCUUUCAGCGAAACAGAGAUUCAACGGACAGUCUUUUAAGAGUCACAACAACACAAUAGAAACCGUACAACCAAAAGCAUUACACUUUUCUAAUACAGGAGGAAAAGUUCCAGUUGCUUCAAUAACAAAAUACACACACACAAUAAACUUUGUUCCUUGCUUUUUUUGUGGUGGCUGUGGGUGUUCAUUUUAAAACUGAGGACGUUUUUGUGGGUCGGACCCAUGGACGUGCUGUUGUGCCUUUUUCAGCUGCAAAUGAAGUGACUUUUGCUCAUGAUGGAUGCCCUGAGCCAAGGAUACAAUGGAUAAACAUGGCUAUGUGACACCACUUCAGUCCCUGCCUGGUAUGGGGAUACGGAUCAUCACUGGGUUUAAUUUAGGAUGUAUUUGACUGGUAAAUGCGUGUGAACGUGAUAAAGAUUUGCUUCAUUACUACAUAACCUGUGUGGAAAGGUUUGAAGCUUGUUGUUUGCUUUUAUGCAGCUUUCUUCCUUCCUCUCCCAACGUGCGCUGACAGACCUUUAGGUGUAGAACCUCGGACUUGACUUGGCUUCAUCUUGCAGGUUAUCACUUGAUUGGUUGUCAAAAGCUUUUUAAUCCUGCUGUUUCAGAGUAUAUAGAAUAUAUAGAGAGAAAUAUAUAUAUAUAUAUAUAAAUUCAUAUAUAUAUUAUUUUUUCCCAAGUUUGAUGUUUUUUGUGGCUUAAGUGUGUGAGAAGCAAUAGAGCUGUGUUGGUUGCGACUGAUGAGAGUGCCACGUUGUGUGAGUUACUUUAGAUACACUGAGAUUGUAAAUGUUAUGUAUUUGUGUAAACCUGCCACCAAGGAACUGUGGGUGUUGAUGUCUAAAAGGGAUUGUAACUUCCCACCAAAACACAACUUUUUCUCAGCUCCCCUCUGUAUUAUAUAGCUCAAUUUUCUCUUUUUGCUAUCAGCCCUCACUUUCACAAUACAGAUGUGAACUUGCAGAAAGCUGCCUUUUUGUUUUUUCUUUUUCCAGAGUAUAUUGUACAAGUGGUGUUUUUGUUUUGGUUAGCUGAACAUGGAAAAGUAGUUUUAUGAUAAUGAUGAAUUCACAGAUUUCCUGAUUCAUUCUACAAAUGUAAUGUUGGUUUUGCGCAGAUUUAUUUUUCAGCAGUUAAGAAUUGACAGUACUCAUUGGCCUCACAAACUGAAAGGUUAUAUUGAGCAGAACAAUAAAGAUAAAGGGAAAAGAAAGCUUUGUUCUCAUGAUCCUUUAACUUUAUAUGUUGAUCUUAUCUAGACAGACUUUUAUUUGUACAACAUCUGAUCUGCAUUGCAUAUUAUUUUUGGCCAAGAGUUGCCAAAAUAAAUAUUUUUAAUUGUUAAGCGUUCAACCAAGUUGGUUCAACUUAAAAAUAUUAGUUGGCACAACAAUUUUUAGGAAUGGUUCACAUUUUGCAUCUAAAAACACACAGAAACCCGGUCGCAUCUGCCGUUGCCAAGCAAAAUUAAGCUGCACUCUCCAUAGAUUCAGUAAUGUGUCCCCAUGCAUUGUCUGACCGUUCGUUCUGUGUAUCCCUGUAAAGCUAUGAUAAGCUGUUCCUUCAUCCUGAGUUAAUACGGAAUGACCCAAUGUUGAUACUUAAAUGGUGAAGCUGACUGGUGCGGAUGUAUUUCCAAAAAGUAAAAAAUUUCUGCAUGCACGUCACACUCUAUUUGAGCGUGAUUGCCGCUUGUCUACAUUAAAAAUAAAUUAAUUGCAUUCACAAAAGACGUGAAAUGUGAACUACCCCUUACACAACUUUUUUGAGUAUUUAAGUUUAAGUUGAAUUAACUUAAAAUUUUAGGGAACCAGGUAACGUGCUUGUUUAUUGCUGUGUACACACCAAAUGCAAAGCAUUGCAUUCUUCGCUCUAGAUUAUUUCUGGGAUUUAACUUUGUGCCAUUCAAAUUUUUCGCUUGAGUGUAAUAUUUUCAACUGACGAGAAGAUGAUUUUGAGGCGAAUAGCGCGUCAUUCGCAUCGCCUUGCGUCUAUUCGCGUCUUUGCAUUGACUUUGUGUGUAAUAUACUCUAGCCAAUAGUUGAAUUUGCAUUUGGUGUGUGUAGUGUACCACAUUAGUUUAACCAACAAUUCUUUUUGUUCUAGUAUUGCUUUGCCGUUUUGUACCAGAUACUGUACUUAUGUAAAGUAGUUUAUAGAGCCAUGUUUUCAUCCAAGUUUUGCACUAUUUUGGUAUCGACAAAGUUAGUAGUCAUAAAAAAGUUUCCUGUCUAUAGUGUGUUUCCAUUAAAAUGGUCUUUUAUUGAUAAAAUCUACCCAGUCUCACAAAAUAUUUUUUUUCGUUUUCGUGAUAUAUCACGAAUUUCCGUGUUUUUUUGUGAUCAUAUCAGGAAUUUCUGUUUGUGUGUCAUUGUCACGUUUUGGUUACUCAACUGCUUUUUCCUAUUUUAAAACCAUUUUUGCUUCAUUUUAGGGUUAGAUUUGGUGUUUGCAUUAGGAUGUCACUUUAAGUAUUGGUUUGUACUUUUUUCAGAUAAAUUUUUUAUAUUUUCUAAAUUUUAAACCAUUGUCGCCUGCAUUAGGGCUAGAGUUGGGUAAGGAUGUCAUUUUAUGUAAA